AUGCCUUGUUAUAGCAACCUCCCAACUCGAUGUGUGCAGGACAUUUCACUGCCAGACGCCGAUGAUGAUGAGGAUGAUGAGGAGGUCCAUCCUUUCGCAGACUUGUUUGGGCGGUUGAAGUCAUCGGUGGCAAAGGCGAAACCAGCUCCGGCUAAGCCAGCGGGGACCAAGCCAUCGCCAUCGGCAGCCAAAGCCAAGGGCUUGAAUCGGAACAAGCGGGGGACAGAUCCAGAUGGUGAGGGUGUUGCGCCAACAGCUUCCAACAAAGCAACCCGUGUAGCAGCUGAUCCCAAGCCAGGACAAGACGUGUCAUUAUCUCAUGAUGAUGAAGAGAGUCUUGCUAAAUUUACGGAGCAAGCCAAUGCUUUUCUUGACCUGCGAGCGGUGGACGCAGACGAUGAUGCGGCAUUCACGGCAUGGUCUAAGGACAAACUUCAGUCGAUGAUGCUCUUGAAAACACAGAUUAACAACAAGAAAAAAUCAUUGAACCGCCGCAGCAACAAGGCUAGCAACUUGGGCCCCUCGCUGGAUGAGCUUUUGGUGAACCUCAACACGAUCAUCGACUUUGUGCGCAAGCUGUCGGCGGGCACGGUUGAAGGGAGACGGUUGUACGAUGCCAUGGGAGAGAUUGAGGAUCUGCUUGUGUGCUCAACAAUUUGGAAACGUGUCCUCAGGGCAGUGGCGUUCGAUGCAUUGAAGUUGGCACAGUGGGAUACCUUUUUCACUGAAACUCAUGAGUUGUGUGUCAAUCAUAUCGUCGACCAUGCCAUGUUCUUCCAGCUCCUUGCCUCACAGUUGCUGCAGCGCCUCCUCAAAGCGAUUCCCAUGUGCAAGCCCAUCACCGGCGAGACAACGUCCUACAUCAGAGCUUUCGUGUUGGUUGCCAUCAAUCACAGCGCCAAGACCCAAUCCACCGGGUGGACCGCUGAUGAUCAUCUAGACUUUCUCAAGUCUAUCAAAGACGUGGCCGAUUUCUCCACCCCUCCAACUGUGGUCAAGAACGCAAUUGCCAGGUUGAAAAUGGAUGAUGGUGGCGAGAAGCACUGGGCAGCAUCGUCUUUCCAGCUGCCACAAGGAAAGAAACUGUUCGAGGCCGCAAUAGCAAAUGCAACCCACAAAGAGUCUCAGGCCGGUGUCUUGGAUGUAUUGCACCAUGCAGAAGAACACCUCGAGCGCUCAGGACUCUGCACUUUUGAGACACCCUUCAUGGUGACUGUGAAGUCAUGGUUCAAUGCGAGCCAUGGGGACAUGAUAUCUGAAUCCUUGCGGAGCCUGACAGACAAGAAGAUGAAAGUCUUGAAAGGUGCCGACAAGGAGAAAUUGGAUCGUGUUCUGCUAAUGGCAAGAAACGGUGCAGUUGCUAUCAUCUUGGCCUUUGUCAACUUCGAGAUGCUGCCCUACAUGAACACCUGGGCAUCAGAACUUCGUGAAAGGAAACCAUCGACUGAUAGUAUGAUGUCUUCAUCAUCUUGUGUCAUGCACUUGGCGGAUGCGAGCGGGCACGGGCAAGAAUCUUUGGUUGAGAUGAUCAAGGACAUUGCUGCAUUCAUGACUUCGACGAGUGAGAAAAUUGGGUCGUCGGAUACGACUGCAGAAAACCUGAGCACAUUGCCAACAACAUGGGCUGUCAAAACGAAGGCCAUGAUUGCAUCUUUGGCAGCUUGUGCAGCCAAAGCCGCAGUGGGAGAGCAAGCCGAUGAUCUUGUUGACCGUGCCAAGUCUGCGUCUGCCAAGCUGUAUUCCACCAUCUUGGGUGAUGACGUUGGCAAGUCCGUGCUUACCGGUGUUGAUGCAAUUUCAACUCUGGUGACCGCCAUGGUGGCGGAGACUUCGUUGGAUCAGCUUGCUGCUGCGGGUGAUGCAGAUGAGCACGCAGUGGACAUCCAGACCCAUGAGUUGAUCCGUUCAGCCCGGAAGCUGGAGGAGCUCACGGUUGAAAAGCUGACCACAUCCGUGAGUGAGCUCAACGGGGCGAAUGACAACACACUUUCCCCCGACACCUUGUCCAACCUCGGCUCCAUCUGCCAGCGACUCAUCAAACGAGGACAACACGAGUUUGACAGUAUCGCGAAGAGGUGCAAGGACAUGUUGUCAAAGUCAGUAAUCUCUGACUCUGACGUUGAAAUCCCUGAGUUCGUGCAGCUGCUGGAGUCCUAUGACCAGCUCGAUUGCGCGAAGAUCAAGGAUGCAUUUGACUUGACAGCCGCCAGCAACAUCACUUCCCAAAUCACGGCAUUGGGUUCGGCUAUCGACCGUGUGAAAGAGUUGGCCACCCUCUUGGUAAUGGAUGCAUCCGAGAUUGUGGAGCUGAAAAAUUUCGAGGCGGCAUAUAGAAACGGCAUCAAAUGGAUGGGAACCUGCAACAUUCUCUACCUCUUGAUAUCCAAGGCAGUAUCGCGGGCAGUUUUGGCUGGCAGCAAACCCAGCCCAAAGGCUGUCAAUCAGUUCACCGAAGCCGCGAAA